AUGAGCGUUUCCCGCAACUUGUACUUUUUCAUUAUUCUAAUCUCAAAAGCAGUCAAGUGUGAAGAAUCGAAGAUAACUUUCAAUCGUUCUGCCGCUUUCGCCGGGGUAAGUGCUCAAUGUGCAAAUGACACUGCCACGUGGCAAAACUCUCUGCACAUUGUGUCGGAAGUCUCUGUCGAGUGCUUGAUUGAGAAAAAGUGUACGGCUGAAGAGGCGCAGAAGAUCAAGGAGAACUUCUAUGCGCUGGAACGUGAGUUCAAGAUGACUAGGACAGUAUUCAACUUUUUUUGCAGAACUAGACGCCUGGGGUAAGAUUCCAUCGUCCGGAAUCUUUGAAAUUCCCCUAGUUUUCGAUGGAUCCUACCAGGAAUGUCAAAGAAUCAGUGGAAAGGAGUAUGAGACCAAUUACUGUUACUUGGUGUUGGCUCCUGGAAAGGUACACCUCCUUUUUCUUACUUUUAACAUCGAAACAGCAAAGUCAUAUUUCAGAAUGCCACGUGUUCCCAUGCCAGUUUCUUCCGAUCCGCAGUCUGUAUGCCCGAUUCGUGUGAUGCUCAAGAUCUUCCGAAACUAUUUAAUGAACUCGCCCUCCUACCGUUCACCGCGUGCUCCGCGUUCUGCUCGAGAUUCGCGGUGGAGAAGACGUCGUCAUUGUGGGCGUUCAGUGCAUUUCUCCUCGUCGUCGUCUGUUUCGCCCUGCUUGCCACGUCAGUCGACUACGUUCGCGAGGCGAUCGGAAUGAAGGAAAGGAAUGAGAAUUGGAUGCUCAAAAUACUGCUCACGCUCUCAUUGUGGACCAAUGCGGAGCUCUUGUUGUCGGUCAGAGAGCACAAACCGGGAUUCAUCAAGUCACUGGAUUGCAUUCGAUUCCUCUCCAUGUUGUGGGUCGUCACCGGACACACUUUCAAGUACAUUGUGUUUACUGGUAUAGAUUAUUGAUUGAUAUCCUUCUGCUAACCGAUCAGAUUUCCAGAUAAAAUCCUUCCACUUGCUGAUUUUCCGAAACACUUCUGGAACCAUUUGCUUCUAAACGCCUUUCUGUCCGUGGACACAUUCUUUCUCCUCUCUGGCAUUGUCGUUGCUUACCUAUUCUUCAAAACCCGUCUGACAGUGAAUCAAAUCAAAAGCCCUGUCACGUGGAUCCUCUUCUACGUGCACAGAUACCUCAGACUCACUCCUCCCAUCAUGAUCUUCAUCGGAUUCUUCACAGUCUACGGCUACUACAUCCAAGGCCCUUCGGCGGCUGCACAAAUGAGUAAUCCGAGGAGGUCUGUUCAACUAUAAAAGAUUCAUUCAGACCGACUUCUACCGGAAGUCGAUAUCUGUGCAAAGUACUGGUGGAGAAACCUGAUCUACGUUAACAACUUGAUGGAUCACAAGAAUCAAUGUUACGGAAUCACGUGGUACUUGGGAGUGGACACCCAGUUGUACGUGAUCGCUCCCUUCGUUCUUAUCGCUCUCUACUUUUCCUUUGCUGCCGGAGUAGCUCUGAUAACUGCUGGCUGUGUGGGAAGUAUCAUCACUGUCUAUGUGCUCUACGGGAUCAAUGAUCUUCCGGCGGAUUUCUUUGGAAAUGGGUUGGCUUCUAAGGCUCAUCUGCUUGCUGUAUGAUUCUUUGUUUACAGUGUGAACACAAACUUCUACGAUAUAAUAUACGACAAGCCGUGGGUCCGCUGUCCUCCGUAUCUGGUCGGACUUUUAGUCGGAUAUUGUCUGGCCACUUACGGAAAGAGGAAAGUGCGACUGAACUGGGCACUGGCGGUCACUGGAUGGAUAAUAGCAUUCGGAAUCGCUGCCGCUUGCAUCUUUGCGACUUAUGACUAUGACAAAGGAUCCCAUUGGAGGUACACAUUCGAAUCUAAACUUUAUCCACUUUCAAUGUCUUUCAGCGUCUUCACCCGUGCCACCUUCUACAACUUUUCGCGUCUCGGCUGGGCGAUCGCAGUGUCGUGGGUCAUAGUGGCCAAUCACAUGGGAUGGGGAGGUACAGUAUUCCUAUAUGACCGUAAUCCUCAUGUUCUUUUCCCUCCAGGACCCAUCGACGCGUUCAUGUCGCAUCCGAUGUGGCAGCCGUUCGGAAGACUCUCCUACUGCGCCUACAUCGUCCAUUUAUUUGUUCUCUACUGUUAUGUGAACAUCAAUGAUUCCAUUAUUCACUACUAUUCUACUUUCCAAAUUGUAAGUUUCAAAAUCGUUCACAAUAUCAGUGUCAAAAUUUGCAUGUUCAGUUCAUCUACUACUCGGUUCCGGCUUGUCUCCUCUCCUACAUUUUCGCAUUUUUCUGGAGUUGUCUCUUCGAAGUUCCCAUUCUAAAGUAGGACUUUUUACGCGAAAAAGUGAAAACAACCUGUUCAGAUUGGAGAAAAUGUUGAUAGAAUCGAUUCUGAGUAACGGAAAGUCGUCUGAAAGAGUUGGAGGUUCUACGAGUACUAAACUUUAA